AUGGAGAACGGGUCGUCGGAAAAUUGCUGCGUGAAGGUGGCGGUCCACAUCAGGCCACUCAUCGCGGACGAGCGCCUGCACAGUUGCAAAGACUGCGUCAUCGUGGUGCCCGGCAAGCCACAGGUACACUUUAGUCUUUCUUUGCCAAUUAAUCGUCUAUGUUCAACUUUAGAUCUCUCUCUCUCUCUCUCUCUCUCUCUCUCUCUCUCUCUGGGUUUCUCGUGUCUCUAAGUUCUGAUCUGAUCGGAGAAUGUUUUGGAUGGUCUUUGAAAGAUGUAAACUCUGAAUUAGGAAGAAUGACGAAUAUGGAGAAGUGAAGAACAGGGAACUUGGAGACAUUCACGGUCUCUUGUCGAUGAUUUCAUUGCCUGCGAAACUGAUACUGUGAAAAUCGCUCGUAAUUCAGGAAACAGGAUUAGAUGUGAAAAGGGUUUCAAGACGACGCGAGCUGAGCGCAUCAUCUACAGGCUAUUUUAGAAAGCAUAACCAAGACCCUAUCCUGUUGUUGCAGCAAAAAUCAACGUGGUCACCAGUGGAACUCCUAAAAAUCAACUCAUGAGCACCUGAAUCAAUUGUCCUUGAGAAGAAUUUCUAAAUAAUUAGGAUAAAACCUGAACUUCGGUCUUUUAGUAGGAACUGUAACAGGAGAAGCGAGUUAUUUUUUAUCUGCAUUGACAAGUUUAACCUCAUUGGCAGGAGGAUAAAAAACCUGAACUGUCAAAUAAUUUUCAUUCCAGUUAAGUCUACUACCCAUUUCUUAAGGAGAAGAAACCUGGAUAAAUUUCAAAGAAUAUUGGUAAUUGACCAAUAUAUUGGUUCCAAUGAUUUUACAAUAAUGUAGAAUGAAAACUUGUCUCUGUUAUUUUGAUUAUUAGUUUCCAAGUAGUACUAUCGACGAAAAGAAAUUCAUUAAUUUAACACCACCUGCCUCUGCUUUGUCUGUUCUCCUUCAGAAAAGAAAACUAAUUUUACAACCUUCAAAGUUUCCCCAGUUUCAACUCAAUCUCCUCAAAAUCGGUAGGAAAGUGUCCUGUGUAGGGAAUUGUCCUCCUACUUCCACAGUAGCUCUCCAAGAACUUUAAGCGCAGGCUAGCUUAGCUAAAGAUCCUACUUAGAGCUAGGCGAAUUCUUUUCGUUGGUGCUCUUCUUCUCUUCUCCCCUUCUUCUGGCUCUCACCCUCGUACUUCCUUCCCCCAAGUUGGUCUUAGCCAUGCGGCAAGGUCCUGCUAUUGAGGCUAAGUCAACGGUGGUCAUUUUAGAGCAAAGUAGAGGUUCCGAAGGAAUUCAAAAGUGGCUGAAAAGCCAAUUAUGAGUAGGCUUGAGAUGAAGAUGAUGAGUCUGGAGAUUCAUCACGUUCUUUGUCAGAAAGAUGUUCGGUAAUGGCAAUAUUGAUCCUACUGCUUUAAUCUAACUGAAUAUAAACUUAGUAUCCCCCUCCCUCCAAAAGUCGUGACCGUGCUUAUUUUUUUGUUGACCAAGACCAAACUCCAAGGCCCCGAGGGAAUUGGCCUUCCUUUCAAGUAAGGGCGGAUUCCGGAACUUAGUACUGCUUUGAUUCCAUGGUCCUGUCCAAAUCAUUUGGAAACUUUGAUGUUUCCCCGUUGAGUCUAUGGUUGCUAAUCUAAUACACAGAUAUUGGAAUUCAGAAAACACUCAUUUUCUUGGGCCCUAGAAAAGACCAUUUUGUCCAUCAGAAAUUCCUUAGAUGUGUAUCAUUUGCUUAUCUUGUAUCAAUGAAAUCUAUCUACUUCUUCGACUAUGCAGCAAGAAUUAUCUUCCUUGCAUAAUUUUUUUUUGCAUGUUUAUAUACCUACUAUAUUUUCUUGACAUUAUUUACUUAUACUGUUGGGAAUUAUGUUGGAGAUAAUGAAGAAAAAAAAUAUGCGUGCCAAGAAAUGAAACUGCCAUAGAAGCACUGGAAAAUAACGAUCUGGUAGGGUCAUGCCAAAUUUAUGUGCCUUAGAAACUUCAAGAAAAAUAUCAAGGGCUGAAAGUCUGCAGAGGUAGCUACGAAUUACGAAACACCCCAAGUAGAAGUUUCUGUUACUCGAGCACAGAAGUAAUUUAUGAUUUCCCAUAGACUAAGGAUAUUAUUUCAGGUUACUCUUGUUGACUAAAAAUGUUGAGAUAUUUCAUCCACGUUCAUCUUGUUAUUCUUUAUGCCGAGUAGCAAUUGUUACUUCUUUUAGGACACUGAAUAUUUUCAUACUCGAGAAUUAUGACGGAAUUAUCAUUCCAGCAGUUAAUAUAUUUUGAAGUUUCCGGUGAAUAUUAUCAUCACAGCCAUUCCUCAACAUAUGGAAAUUAGGAUCAGAUACGCUAACAGCCAUUCCUCUGAUCAAAUGUUAUACAAAGUACGAAAAAUAAAAAAAACUAAUACGGAAAAUUUAUCAAAUUUCCGCUAUCUCAGGCUUACAUUGGAGAACAAUAAAACCCAUCCAUAAGAGUAUUUUUAAUAUCGAAAUCCCAGUAUUUAUUGAUAUUUCCAUCUCCAGUGCACGUUUAAAUUGAUAGUUAUGACCCCUGUAUCUACGAAUACAUUCUAUAAUAAGUUUUUUAGACGUUUGAUUUCUUCAAAAUUUCAUUUUGCCGUAGUACAUCCUCCGGAAUUUAUUAAGAGGCCUCAUAUUAGUAGUUGCUGCUCAUACAGGUGCAACUAGGUUCCCACUCUUUCACAUUUGAUUAUGUAUAUGGAAGUACUGGUUCGCCAUCAUCUGCUAUGUUUGAAGAAUGUGUGGCUCCUCUCGUUGAUGGACUGUUCCAAGGUUACAAUGCUACUGUUCUUGCAUAUGGUCAGGUAUAGAAUAUUUUUCUACGGUGUAUUUUUUUAUGGAAAAACCUUUUAAGUUUAGAAAAUGAUGCACUUGGAACGGAAAUGAUAAAAUCAAUUUUCUCAUUGAUGUCCUUUGUAACCGGUUGCAGACAGGUUCCGGGAAAACUUACACAAUGGGUACUGGAUUCAGAGAAGGAUAUCAAUCUGGAAUCAUCCCUCAAGUCAUGAAUAUAUUGUUUGACAAAAUUGAAAAUAGGAGGCAUCAAACUGAAUUCCAGAUACGUGUUUCAUUCAUUGAGGUAUGGACAUUUGACCAUUUUUUUCCGCUUUUGUGGUUCUCUCGAUUCGUUUUUUCCUCAAUAAUAUAUAUAAAUGUAUGUGUAUUCCAUUUUUCUGGAUAUUUACCUGUUUUAACUUUUAUCAUGAAUUUCAGUUUAACAUAUUUAUAUGCUUUUGAAUUUUUUAUUAUUAUCAUUUCGAUUAGAUUAUUUUUUUUGAGAAAUUCUCACGGUCAGCAUUCUGCUGUCUACAAAUCAAUAAGUUCCGAUGCCUUACCUUCAAAUGUAUGUUCAACUUAUCCUUUUGUGACCUGUGGAAACCAUUAUCAUUGGGGGGGGGGGGCAAAAAUAGCAUAUAUGAAAAAAAUGUGAUAAGCGCAAAGUAUGUUUAUGGGGUUGAGAAUACUAGCUUUCCUUUAUCAGUGGUCACUACGACAAAAAAAUCUCAGUCUUAUUAACGUUAAUUAUUCAUUAAGACAAUCAGCUAAUUUAGAUUGAGAGUCUUCUACUUUUUCUUACUCUGGACAACGGUACUUUCUCUUAUAAAUUCCUGAUUUUGAAGAUUCUAAAAGAAGAAGUGAGGGAUUUGCUAGAUCAAUCAUCUGUUGGAAAAGCCGAUGCCUUCAAUAUUCCUGCUGGGAAGACUAUCCCUGGUAAACCACCUGUGCAAAUCCGGGAGACAUCUAAUGGAGUUAUUACACUUGCUGGGUCUACUGAAGUUGAUGUUCGAACACAGAAUGAAAUGGCCUCAUGCCUUGAACAAGGAUCAUUGAAUCGCGCAACUGGAAGCACAAAUAUGAAUAAUCAGUCAAGGUUAGUGCUAAUCAUUUUGUGUCUUAUAAAAAAUAUCUGUCAAUAUUCAUCUUUCAUUGCCAUCGCACUAAUAUCGUGUCACUUCAAAGGCAGGAUGAUUAUAUGGUUAAUAAUUAAAAAAAAUGUUGACGUGUAGAAUUUGGUCGGCAUCAAUAAUCUUACUUGCUGCAGCUGCUUUUCAUACUUAAAACACAAUCUUUGAGUAAAUCUCUUCUGUGGCUUUUUCUUUCUUUUCACCAUUUCACCAGAUUUUUUUAAUUUGUGGCAGCGACAGGAGUUGGUAGUUCUAUUUUAUUGCCAAUUUUUCCGCAGCGUAUUUGGUGGUAAACUAUCUUAUGUCAUCAGCUGGUUCUUCCAAUAAAGUUUUAACAAGUGUUUUGUGUGUUUUCUAUGCUUCAAAAUCUCCUCUUGCAAUCUAGUUAAAUCCGUCUUUGAUUUCUUGGUUCAACUGAGUCAUGGUAAAAGUAUGUCUCUAAUUCUGUGGUGCGGUCUCCAUAGUUUGCCUAUUUGAAUAUAUAGUUGCUAGAAAAAUGACAGUCAUAAAUGUGAGUCAGAAUAACUAGUUCUAUCACUCCCAAGAAAGUGCAUCAUAUAAUUUAAUAGUUUCUCAAUGUUCAAUUGAGUAUUACUUUUAUUCAUUUUAUGUUGACUCGCUUGUUUCCUAGUUAUUUUGUUCAAAAUGACAACUUUGUUACUUUACACUAGGCUUGUCCAUCAAAGAAGUAGCUCCUUUUAUUCACGAGGAAUAAAAUUUUAUGUUGUUAAUCCCAUUUUAAAAAAAAAAAUACUAAAAGCAAAUUUUGAAUUUCUGAUUGUAACUCUUUUCGGUUUAUUUUAUGGGAAAACUCGUUUACUUGCCUCUCAAUUGCGCCAUAUUACUGAUCCAGUGCCACCCAUUGGUUGAAGUUUUUGAACUUUAUCAUUAUUUCAAGAGAGUGAGAAAAAUUUUAGGAUCAGUUUAUCAUCUGUUUUAAUACACAUAUCUUUAAAUUACUAUGCUCAGCAUAUUUUGUUUAUUUUUUCCGAUAAAAGAUGUUCUAACAUUAACAGAUGAAUAAUUUUUAUUUUGAAGAUAUUUAAAGGUCUCUGAAAAUACUAAAGCUACAUACCUGACGUUACGCAUUCUUCGUAUUUUUUCCUUAAACUACAAUGUUGAAGAUGUUUGGUGUAGUUGUCCCAAAAUAUGUGCUAGGAUAGCUGUUGUUUAAGUUUUACUGCGACAACAUUUUAAGGUUUCUCAGAUUUCUAAAUGUACAGAGAAUUUCUAAAUCCUUCAUAUUCUUUGAUUCCCUUCUGGUACAGUCGUUCCCAUGCCAUCUUCACAAUCACCUUGGAACAAAUUCGCAAGCUUGCUCCAGUUUUUAAUGCAGAUGGGGAAACAAUUGAUGAAAUGAAUGAAGAUUACUUAUGUGCUAAGCUCCAUCUAGUAGACCUUGCUGGAUCAGAAAGAGCUAAGCGUACAGGUUCAGAUGGCCUUCGUUUCAAGGAAGGUAUGACCGAAAGAUUGCAAAUUAAAAAACAUAGGAAUUCAACUUAAAUUCUCGUCCAUCAUCUUCUGUUAUUUAGGGGUUCACAUUAAUAAAGGCCUUCUUGCCCUUGGGAAUGUCAUAAGUGCUCUGGGGGAUGAGAAGAAAAGGAAAGAAGGCAUUCAUGUUCCGUACCGUGACAGCAAGCUUACUAGGCUAUUGCAGGUUUGAAAUUUAUCUCAUGUACUACGGGUUCUACAUAUUUUGUUCUAGAAUUUAUGAAAAAGUUGAUGUAAUUUUUCUAAAAGAAAGGAUCUAAAUGAGAAAAUCAUUUCUGUCAUAAAUAUUAUAUUUUUUAAAUCAAGAGAAUUAUGAUAUUCUUUCACGGAACAGAAUAAUUCUAUCCAUUCACGAAGCCCUUUAAACGUCUACACGAUCCUCUAAGGAUGGUACACCUUAAUUUACAAUUUUGACAACGACUGGAAAAAAAUUCAAUUGCAUUAUCAUAUUCUUAUAUUUUAAAUAUAAACGCUUUUUAAUCUUUAUUGCAAGCGACGUUUUAUUUCUUAUUUUCCUUGUAUUUUCAAGGGGCAAAAUUAUCAAUAUCAUCAAAAUAAUUUACGCAUCAUUAGGCCUAAUCUACUGCUUAUAAAUAUCUGUCAUUGCAUGCUACUUGUACAUUUUUGAGGAACUAUUAUAAUUAACUAAGUUGAUCCGCACUUACAUUACACAAUUUUUUGAAAUUUGACAAUUACCAUUUGGCCUAAUUAUUCAUUAUAAUUUUUUCUCAAGAAAUUUCGUUGAUUUUCAAUUUCUUAUCGUUACAUUUAUUUUCUGUCUGCGAUAAAUCUAAUGUCAUUCGCUUUAUCUUUGACCGUUUGUGCCAGGAUUCACUUGGUGGAAACAGUAGAACAGUUAUGAUAGGUAACGUAUUCUCUUUCUUUGGGAAGAAUACAAUAGCUUCUGCGAAAUUCUCUGUUCAUUGAGUUUCAGACUUCUUUUUCUGCUUUCUUUAAAUCUGCUCGUGCACGAUUUUUUUGCUAUCCUGUAAAUGUGAACUAUGGGAACAAAUAACAUCUUUGAUAGAUGAAAUACAUUGGUAGAUGUCAUGAGUAGAUCUGGAUCGCAGACUACCAUUUCGGACGUGAUGGAUUAUUUUUGUGGAACUCAAUUAAGCGUUGAUAUUACAUCAAAAUGAUGUAUCUUUGGCUUUUAUUUUCUUUCAGCUUGCAUCAGUCCAGCAGACAUUAAUGAAGAGGAAACUCUUAAUACAUUGAAGUAUGCUAAUCGUGCUCGCAACAUUCAGAAUAAACCUAUGGUGGGUACCUCUGAAUGCUGUGUAGAAAGUAAUAGUCUUUGAAUUGUUUGAUUAUUUUACUUUGUUUAUGAAUUUUUGUUUUACAAAAUCAUCGUAGCGAUCAUCAUCCCCACUAUCAUCACAACUUCUAACAAUCUGGGAUCAACUAGGAUAUGAUGUUUUGAGUAAGUAAUAGCUGCAAUUUGCUUAACACUGUGAGGGCCUUCCUUGAAGAAGAAUUCCCAACUUGUAGCAAUAUUCCAAGUUUUCAAGUUGAGGGAGAGUGCAUUAAAAUUUGGGAAACAUGAAGAGAAUAAGUUAUAACUAAUGUUGAAGAAUGACUGUAAAACUGUAAACUGAGGUAAAUGAAGUAUUUAUAAUAUUAAACAUGGAUAAAAACCAAAAAAACAACAUUACUGAUCGAAAUAAGUUUUAUGAAUUCUAAAAAUUAGAGUCAGUGAGCUGUUAGGUCUACUUUUAUUAGAGUUUUGUAAAUUUUUUAUAAUAAAAUUUUGGCCCCAUUUAUGUAAAGAUUUCUAUUUACCAUUUUCCUUUAUUAUUUUGCUGAUCAUAAUUUCAGUAAAUAUGAAUUAUAAUUUUUUAAAAUUACAGGUUAACAGAGAUCCAUUAUCUAGUGAGAUGCAAAGGAUGCGCCAACAGCUCGAAUAUUUGCAGGCAGAGUUGAUUUGUGCUCGUGGGAUGGGCUCUUCACGUGAUGAGAUCCAGGUAAUCCCAAUAUGUAUUAUUUAGGGACGUUUAUGUCAUUUUUUGAGGAAUUUUCUUGUAUUAAUACACCUAUGACUAGUCAUCAUAUCUCUGUUUUUUUGUUUUCUUUAAAGUAGUUUGCUAUGAUUUUUUGUUUCCAGGCUCUCAAGGAAAAAAUAUUAUGUCUUGAAGUGACAAACGAACAUCUUUCUACUGAACUGCAACUGUAUCGCAGAAGAUGUGCUCUUCUAGAGAAAUCUGGAAGAGCUACUCUCGUAUGUAACUAUUUUUCAUUCUUACUUUGUGACUGUGUUCUAUCUAUCUUUAUUUCCUUAUAAAGUUGAAUUAAAAAAAAUAGCUUCUCAUUGAUCCAAAGAAUGUAGAUUGCCCAUUUUUCCAUUGGAAUAUCGAUGAAACAUUUAAUGAACCAUAAAUUAGGAGUACUAUGCAACCUUUUUUAAUUAUAGCUGCACUCAUAGUCAAUGACUUAUCAUUCUAUUAUAGCGCCAGUUCUAGUUUUCAGCAUGUGAUGGAUUAUAUUGAAUCAUUUGGUGCAUUCAGUUUUUCGUUUAUUUUAACGGUAAACAAUAAGUUGAUAUUAUACAAUAUAGAAUAUUAUUAAUGAGAUCCUUUGUGCCAUAAUAUUCUGGGACUUUAUUCUGCAAUUAAAUGGUUCUUGUUUAUUCAGGAAGAUGGGACCUGUGUUGAGAAAGCAGAAGGGACUAAAAGAAGCUUACGUAACAUUGAUUCAUUUGAUUAUCAUGUGGAUGCAAUCACCAAAGGUAUCUCCUUGACACUCUACUCGUCAACAGAAUUUUGUAUCAUAUAAUAAAGCUUGUCACAAGGCAUGUGAUCUAGGACAUGUUUUUCAUAUGAAUGUUUUCUAUUUCAGUAGGCAACAGUGAGAAGGAAAUUCCUGAAGUAGUAGAAAAAGAGUGGGAGCAUACACUUCUCCAAGACACGAUGGGAAAGGAACUAAACGAAUUAAAUAGACUCCUAGAGCAAAAGGAGGUACAGCUUAAAAACUUCAUGCGAUCAUUUUUUAUGAUAUAUUUUAAAACCAGAUUUACCUAGAAAAGGAGUCCGUGGAGAGAUAUAUGUUUCUAUGGCUCGUGGAGAGAAUGGGUCGUUAUUCAGCAUGAUAAAUGCUGUCCAAAAUGGUUUAUUAUUAUGUUAGCUCUGAAUUAUAUCUUCAUGACAUGAACUGGUGCCUCUGUUGAUUCUUUUGAAAAAUUUCCUAAUAAACGAAGGAAUCCAGUGGUGUUUCCAAUCCAUGCCAAAGAAAUGGUCUACGAAAGUCAUCCUUACCAUUGCCAAACUCAAGAUUUAAUGUGCAUAUUAUUUUAUUCGUAUGGAUCACCGUCUUUUUGAGAGAAAAAAAUAAAUAAGUAUUUUAUUCAUCAUGGUCUAGGUACUUUUGUCGAAUAUCUAUUUUAGAAAAUUCCGAUAUCUUGUGAAAAAUGGAUCGAUUUUAAGUCUCACUCAUAAGUAUGGUUUACAAAAGAAUGUGAAGAUCAAUUACGUACUAAAACUAAUAGUAAAAGCAUGGAAGCUUGCAUUAUAUCAAAGUUAACAUAGAGUAAAUAUUAUCUUAUGAUAAAGUUCAAUGAAAGUGAAAUCAUUGUGUGCAGAAGAUGACAAUGACUAAUCCUCGCAAUUUUAUUUAGUUUUCUAUGAAUUUGUGCCUAAUGAAAUUUUCUCAUCACAGCUUACUUAAAUGGUCUGAUUUUCGUUUAUUUGACUAGAAGUAUUAUCAUAAGAUACUAUGACGAAGUGAUUUUGUGAAUUUUGGAAAUUUUUAACCUUAAAAACAUUGAAUAUUAUGAAUUUACGGAACGAAAGCCAAACAUACCUCCUUUUCUUCUUUUUUAUUCUCAACCUCUCAUCAGCUGCAUUGUGGCCCCAAGUAUGCAUCAUGAUGUGGAUAAAGUCUUAAACACCAGAUGGAGGAUUCCUAGAUAGAAUGCUGAAUCUCCUACUUUCAUUCCUUUAUGUAGCAAGAGAUUAAAUCAUUUGAAGGGGUCAGCACGUUUGCUCUAAAGCAGCAUUUUGGAAAGAAGCUUUUGGAGCUUGAGGAAGAGAAAAAGAUUCUUCAGGUUUUCUUUCAUUUAGUGUUAUCCUCGUAUGUAUUACUUUAUUGUCAUUAUCUCAUUCCUUGUAUUAUGUAAAACUCUCAGAAAGAGAGAGAUAGGUUAUCUGCUGAAGUUGAGAACCUUGCUACUAUGUCUGGAGCGCAAGCACAGAGAGACAUCCACUCGCAGAAACUGAAAUAUCUGGAAGCACAGGUUGAAAUCUGGAGUUCAAAAUCUUCUGAGUUUUAUGCAUGCAUAUUUCAAAACUGGAUGACAACUCCUUAUUUCUUUCACCAGAUUUUGGAUCUUAAAAGGAAACAAGAAAGCCAGGUUCAGCUUUUGAAGCAAAAGCAGAAGAGUGAUGAUGCUGCAAGAAAGCUUCAGGAGGAAAUUCUGUCUAUAAAAGUGCAGAAGGUUGGUUUCCGCAAUUCAACUGUUCCUCAUUUGUUCAUCUCUUCGUUAGUAUUAUCAUUACCCAUUUUCCCUGCUGUUCAUGACACAGGUGCAAUUACAACAGAAGAUAAAACAUGAAGCGGAGCAAUUCAGGCUAUGGAAGGCUUCUCAAGAAAAAGAAAUCAUGCAGGUAACUCUGUUCCGGGCAUUUAGCAUGAGUGCAUAACGAGGCACAUCACAUUAGAUCUCUGUUUCUCAGUCAGAAAAAAAUACAGUAGCCAUAUAACUACUCGUAGAAAGAAUGUGGUUAUGCCAAUCUAUCAACUACUGUUCCCGAUUGAAUUACUUCCUGGUAUAAGCACUGCAUGAGGUCUCAUCUAGUUCUAAAUAAUAGUGGAUAUCUUGAAUACGAAGUUGGCAUACGUUUUGUCCAAGGCCCCGUAAUUGUGACUUGAUUAUUUUCACGUUCACUUCUAGCUGUCCUGUGAAAGUUUAUACCUCACCGAAUUUGUUGCAUUUAUUGGAGACGUUGUGUCAGCCAAGAAUGUACCAUUUUUUUUCCACUCAUUUUUACUAUGCAAUGAGUACAAAGCAGACCAUGCUAUCAUGAAAUUUAAAUAUAUUCUAAUAAUAUCCCCUGAAAAUAAUGUAGGCGUAUAAUUUUCUUGUAUUAUCCUUUUUCAAAUACAUAGAAAUAUUUACCUUGAUUUUGAACUUACUUUUUUGAACAGUUACGAAAAGAGGGAAGGAGAAAUGAGUAUGAGCGUCAUAAAUUGCUAGCAUUAAAUCAGCGUCAACAACUGGUAUUCUUCCUGCAUUCAAUUUAGCCUUCUCUACCUGUGGGUUGGUCUUUAUUCUUUUGCGCAUAUACAUUCGAAUCGGAUGUAUCAUAAAUAUGUUCUUCCAAUUCGACUUUCCUUCUGAUAGGAAAUUCUGUGUCCCCUACUUCUGUACUUUCAUCAAUGUUAGAAAGUUUUUCUUUUUUUCUCCGUAAAUGAGAUACCAGUAGUUCUGUACUGUCCCGUAGUUUUUCUUUUUUUCUCCGUAAAUCCUUUAUGUAUUAUUGUUGAAUUUCUCUGAAUACCACUACUCAUGCAUUGUAUGAUAUCAUUGGUUUCAUAGUUGAUUUUUUCUCCCAGUUGGAGUAAGGUUUAGAGUCUUUUCUCGGUUAGGUUCUUCAGAGGAAGACGGAAGAGGCUGCAAUAGCUACCAGGAGGUUGAAGGAGCUAUUAGAAACUCGUAAGACCUCACGUGAAAUUGCUGGUAAGUUUUUGUUUCAUCAUUGUUCUUACAAGGCGAAAUAUCGAGAUCUGAAAUUUGUCUUAUCCUCCUCAGGGAUUCCAAAUGGGCAUUCUCACGGCAGUCAGGUAGCAAGCUCGUUUCUGGCUACAUCUAUGAAUUAAGAGUAUCAACACCGCUUACUAAAACUCCGAAAUAAACUUCUCAAGCUUUUUAUCGAAUAACAGGCCAACGAAAAUUCCUUGCAACAGUGGGUAGAUCACGACCUUGAGGUCGUGGUGAAUGUUCAUGAAGUUAGGAAUGAAUAUGUGAAACAAAAGCUUGUGUAAGUGUAUAGGUGGUUCCUCGUAUUAGCAACUUCUGUCUUGUUUUAAAUGCUCAUCGUUCUUUUCCUUCCAGACAAGUUGGACUGGCCGAAGAACUAGCCUUACUUAAGGAAGGGAUGGAAAUGAUUUCCAAGGGUCUUAGUCCUCCAAGGGGAAAGAACGGAUACUCUAGGUAAAAUUCAAAAAUAGAUAUUCAUUUAAUCCUCCUCGAAAAUUUUAUAAGAAUUUCAUCAAUCAUUGCGAUAUGCCAUCUUACUUUACAAACCUGCCCGUUGCCGUGUUAUUAAAAUUUGUAUUGUCAGGGUAUCCUCCAUGUCACCGGAUCCAAGACUGUCUAGAAUAGCAUCGCUAGAGAACAUGAUGACCAUUUCAUCGAAUACCCUUUUGGCAAUGUCAUCACAACUUUCUGAGGCGGAAGAACGCGAACGUGCUUUUGCUGGUCGUGGACGAUGGAGCCAGUUGCGAUCAAUGGCUGAUGCCAAGAACUUGCUUCAAUACUUGUUUAAGAUUGCCACAGAAGCAAGGUCAACUUUUGGGGCAAAUAUUACUCCCUUUCUGUGUUAUUUUCGGUUUUUGUGGUAUCUGAUUUCUUCAUUGAACUUAUAAAUUCGAAAGAUUAAAAAGCUUGAUAUUACCUUCAUUUUCUUUCUUUCUUCCCUGAUUUCCUAUCCAACUGCUUAUAAAAGGGCGAUGCUGAAGAAAAAUAAACGUUUGUUAUGUGGUUCUCAUUAGGAUUCUGAUAUCGAUUCAGAGCAACUAGUGUGUAACUGUUUAUAAAACCUACACCUUGAAUCAUGUGUUACAUACUAUCAGUAAAUGGAAUGAAAGGACCAGUGCUCAUACUUUUCUUCAGUAGAGAAGAUCUGUAAGAUUACAUGAAGUCUUUUUUAGUUUACAGAGUUUUUGGUCCAGUUUCUAGUUGGAAAUCAACGUAAUGUACUUAUUUUCCUUUAUCCACCUGUAUUUCUAUAGAUGCCAUCUGAAGGAGAAAGAAGCAGAGAUCGAGGAGUACAAAGAGCAACUGAAAGAACUUGUUAGCCUUCUCCAACUUAGUGAAGCUCGAAGAAAAGAAAUCCUGAAACAACAAAAAUUGAGAGAGCAAACUGUUUCCGUUGCUCUGGGCACGCCAGCAGCUAUGGUAUGUAGUCUAACUGGUGCAGAGUGUCAUAUCUGCAGAUAUCUUCCAUAACAGCGUGAAAUCAGUGUUUUUUUUUUGUUGACCUCACUUUAAAUCAUCCUAACAGCAACAUCUCACUUUGGAGCCGAGGACAUAAAAUUGGGGCAUUCUUAUACUAAUCAAACCUUUGUAUAAUGCCUGAAAUUUCUUGAAAUGUACAUGACAUUCUUUGCAUACAAAAAAUGAGUUCGUCCGUUAGAAACAAAGUUUCCAUUCAGGAGUGGUUCAAAAAAUUGGCCUGAUGGAAAACUUUCGUAAAAUGUUCCUUGCAACAAUGUUUGACCUCCACAGGGCAACUCGCAAAAUGCACACAAACAUGGAGUGGACGAUACCAGUGCACCAAUUUCUCCAGUGGCACUUCCGGCACAUAAGCAACUUAAAUACACCCCCGGAAUCGUUAAUGGCCCAUGCAGAGAAGCCAUGGGAUCCACCAACACCCUUCAGAAGGUUUUUUUUUAUCCCGGAUCUCUCACCCACCGAUCCUCCGGCUUCAUUGAUAUCUCAUGCUACAAGAUUGCCUUCUGUGGACGCCAGAUGCAGCCAGGUGGGCAGCUAUCAUUGGGAAAGAAGGUGGCGAUGGUGGGGAGAGCUGGAAAACUCUGGAGAUGGAGGAGAAGCCACCAUCGGUGGCUGCUAGAGUUUAAGUGGAAGUGGCAAAAGCCCUGGAGGUUUUCUGAACUGAUUAGGCACAGUGAUCAGAUGAUCACCAGGGCAAGGCCCCAUCCUUCACGUUGCCUCCCUCAGAUGAGUUGA